AUGGGCAAGACCAAGUCAUCCACCAAGGCCACCAAGGCCGCCGACCCUCUCACCAAGGUGAAGGGCGCUGGCGUCACCAAGGCCUCUGAGAGCCCCAAGGCCAAGUCCAAGGCCAUUGCAAAGGAGGUCGAAAAGAAGGCUUCCAAGAAGUCCAAGAAGGUCGUUGAGCCCGAGUCUGAGUCUUCCGAGAGCGAGUCUUCCGACUCUUCUGAGUCUGAGGCUGAGGCUUCCAGCGACGACUCUUCCUCCGAGUCUGAGGAGGAGAAGCCCGUCAAGAAGGCUGCCCCCAAGGCUGCUGCCGCCAAGAAGGCCGAGUCCUCUGACUCCUCCGACUCUGACUCUGACUCUGACUCCUCUGAGUCUGAGGCUGAGGCUGCCCCCAAGACCAACGGUACCGCCAAGAAGGCCGAGUCUUCUGACAGCGAGUCUGACUCUGACUCCGACUCAGAGUCUGAGGAGGAGGAGAAGACCGAGAAGAAGGUUGAGAAGAAGGCUGAGGCCAGCUCCGACUCCUCCGACUCCGAUUCCGACUCUUCCGACUCUGAUGAGGAGGAGACCUCCGACUCUAAGGAAGCAUCCGAGACUGAGGCCAAGGCUGAAGAGCCCUCCAAGAAGCGCAAGGCCCUUGAUGACCCCGUCAUCCCCGGCAAGAAGGCACGCACCGAUGUCUCUGACAAGAGCUCUACCCUCUUCGUCGGCUCCCUUGCUUGGGCUGUCGAUGAUAACUCCCUGUACGCCGCCUUCGAGGAGUUCGCUGAUCUCACUGGCGCUCGCGUCGUUACCGACAAGAACACUGGCCGCAGCCGUGGUUUCGGUUACGUCGACUUCUCUACCCCCGAGGCUGCUGCCGCUGCCCUCGAGGCCGCUCAGGGCCGUGAGCUCUCUGGUCGUGCCAUGAACAUCGACUUCUCCGGCCAGAAGCCCCAGGGCGAGGGCAACCCCGCCGCCCGCGCUUUCGACCGCGCCCAGAAGCACGGCGACCAGGUCUCCCCCGAGAGCGAUACCCUCUUCGUCGGCAACCUUCCUUUCGACAUUGAUCAGGAUUCCGUCCGCGCUUUCUUCACUGAGGCUGCUGAGGUCACCAGCGUCCGUCUGCCCACUGACCCUGAGUCGGGUAACCUCAAGGGAUUCGGAUACGUCUCCUUCGGCUCCAUCGAGGACGCCAAGACUGCCUUCACUCAGCUGAACGGUGGUUACCUUGGUGAGGGCCGCAGUGCUCGCGCUGUCCGUCUGGACUACGCCGGCCAGAAGCCCCAGCGUGAGGGUGGCGGCCGCGGUGGAUUCGGUGGUGGCCGUGGUGGCAGUCGUGGACGCGGCGGCUUCGGAGGCCGUGGCGGUGGUGACCGCGGUGGACGUGGUGGCCGUGGCGGUCGUGGUGGUUUUUCCUCCACCAACCGUGGCGGUUUCGGUGACUUCAAGGGCUCCAAGGUCACCUUCUAA